AUGGUUAUAUAUCCUGCUUACAACACCCAAAAAGUUUUCUAUUUUGCUGAGCAGCUUCAUGAAGUGAUAUUUUUAGGUGAUGAGGAUCCCUACUAUUAACUUUCCAGAAAAGAAAGAAUAAAAAAACGGUAUUGGUAUAUUGAUAUUAUAUUAACUAUUGGUGACUUAACACUUGCUAUUCUUGGAGUUGUAUUUUUUUCAAUAAAUGACUACUUUAGAUUUAUGCUAAGUCUGAACAAAACAGAAGGCUUUAGUGAUGAUUGCUAAUUCUCAUCAGCAUGGAUUAUGUUCUGGAGUAUAGUUCUACUUUGCAUUUCUCGCAAAAAUGCCUUUUAACUAGUCCUAAUAGCAAUAAUAUCUAUGCCAUUUAUUGUAUGCUUAUUACCUAUAAAAUUGAUGAAACAAAAUAAAUAGAAGAGGAUCAAAAAUUUAUAGUGCUUAAAAAUAAUUUAGAGCUUUAAAUAUCACCCUAAUACUUUAUAAGGAGAUGAACACUCUUGCUCUAUUUGUAGAAUAGAUUAUGCACUUGGAGUAAAUAUAAAAAUUCUUCCAUGUAGUUCUCUUCAUCACUUUCAUUCAAACUGUAUUAAAACAUGGUUUAAAAUAUCACCAUCAUGUCCUCUAUGCAGGAAAGAGCUUGGAAAAAUAAUAGAUGAUAUUCGCUCUACUAAUGGAGCUCCAUCAUAUUUAGUUCUUGAUAAUCAAAAUUUUUCUCAAGUAAAUAAUGAUUUAGAGUCUCAAGAAAAUAAUGGAUAAAAUAAUUAAAUUUAAAAUGAAAACUAAAUAAAUUAAUAACAAAAUCAGUCUAAUUCUCAAAUAAAUUCAAUCGAAAAUUAGUAAAAUUGA